UCCUCGUCUCCAUCUCGUGUCUUUCGACACUAUCCGACUGUGUUUCAAUUUUUCUUUGCGUUGGCUUUUAUCGUUAUUUUUGUACUUUUGAUUGAAACAAAAUUAUUAUCAUUGGACCAAAUAAAAGAAAUAACGGCUAAAUAUCAAUUUAUCGAUACAAUUUAAUAAUUAUAAUUAAUCAAUUGAACCCGGUAAUUGAUAUUUGCAUAACGUCUAUAAAGUGUUAUCCAAUUCUAUUUUGUUUUUCUAUUUUUCAUUCAGGUAGAAUUCUUCAACGUGAACAAAACAAAAAGAAAAAAAUGUUGGAACAAAGUCCGGGUAAUUUUGGAAACGCCCGUGUACCAUAUGAUUGGUAUCAAACAACAUCGCAUGUAAUCAUAACGAUUCGAAUAGCAAAUCUUAAAGAGAAUGAUGUAAAAGUCACAAUUAUUAAUGAUGCACUUGAUGUCAUGUGUCAAUUAUUGGAUGGUAGACAAUUUCGUAUGCAUUUUAAUCUAUACAAAACGGUUGUCGUACCGGAUAGUAAUUGGGCAGUGGAUACAUCGAAAUUGGUAAUCAAUUUGAAAAAAGCUGAUCGUAAACGAUGGCAUAGUUUGGAAAUAAUACCAGAUAAAAAUGGUAAUCGACCUAAAUCAUUUAUUGGUAUUGUAUCAUUACAUGAUGCAAAGAAUGAGCUUAACAAUUUAUUGUCGGCUGCUGAAUUUGAAUCGAAAGAAAAUAGUACAGAAGCCAUAACAAUCACUCAGACACGUACGAAUAAUCCAAAUCAUCCAGAAGCAUCGAUAAUAGAACCAAUAUCAUUGGAUUAUAAUUGGUAUCAAGAUGAUAAAUAUGUCAAUAUUGUUAUACAUGUACCGAACAUUAAAUUGAUGGAGAAUCGUUCAUUUUUAUUUUAUGAAGAUGAUAUCAAUAUUAUAUUGACAGAUAAUUCAUUGAAUUGGAUAUGUAAUCUACCGACAGCCAUAACGAAUGUUACAUUUAAAUUGUAUAAGGAAAUUAAUUCCAAUGAAUCAAGAUAUGAAAUCAGUCCUUGUAGAUCAAAGAUUGAGAUUAAACUACGAAAAUUGGUAGAUGGUUUUUGGCCAUCAUUUGUAAUUCAACAGAAUGAUAAUGAUGAUGAAACAAAUGAUGAUAAUCAUGAAAAUAAUGAUGAUGUAGUAGUGGAAGAAGAAACGAAUAAUGAUGAUAAUGAUGGUGAAAAAGAAUCGAAUGAAACAACACAAAAACGAAAGCAACAUGAAGAACAAGAAAAAUCUAUUGAUGAUGAAAAUAAUGAUGUCGCUAAAGUCGAUAACGACAAUGAUGAUGAUGGUGGUGAUGAUGAUGAUAAUUUGAAACCAAUAAAAAUUGCACGAAUCGAUACAGAGAAAGAAUCAACCACAACAACAACAGCAAAUUCAGAAUCAACAAUUGAAAAACAACAACAACAACAACAAUCGAAAGAAUUGACAAAUCAAAAAAAUGAAACAAUUCUAAAUGCUGGUGAUGAUAAUGAUAAUAGUAAUAAAAGUGGUAAACCAACAAUUAUCAAUAUAACCGCUAGUAAUAUAAAUGAUGAUGAACAAUUGACUGAAGCUUAGUCAGAAAACAUGUCAUAUUGGAAUGUGGUGAAUGAAAAAACAAAAACAGAAUCUACACACUUUGGUACAAAUUUUUUUUUCUUUUUUUUUUGUUUCAAAAAAUCAUUUUAUCUCUCAUAUUAAUAAUAUAAUACAACAACACCAACCAGAAGAAGAAGACAUAGCCAGAUGACAUAGUCGUCAAUAUAUAAAUUGAUUGAUUGAUUUAAAUGAAAUGUGUAUUUUAUCGAGGUUUCAAAUCACCAUCACCAUCAUCAUCAUCAUCUUUACAUACAUCAAACAAGCACACACACACACACACAUACACAGUAAAGUUGUGAAAUUUGUAAAACAUUUCUUUAUUUUGAUUUGGAUUUUUUCUUAAUAAUUGAUAAAAUGUGUAAAAUUUCAUUUUAUUUUCAUUGAACAAAAAAAAAAUUUUAAAAAGUUUUUGAUUAAUUUUCAAUUUUUUCUUUCUGGUUAUUGUCAACCCAUUACAUGCAUUCAUUGUUUCAUUGAUAUUCGAAUAAAAAUAAUUUUUUUUUUUUU